GUCACUAACAAUAAACGUGUGGCACAAACACAAUGUAUUGCAUCAGAAAUUGAGUCAAACUAUUAAUUAAAUUGUGAAUUAAAUUGUGUUUUGUUUUUGUGUGCAUACAAUUUGGUCACGGGUUUACCCGAUAGACCACGUGUUGAGACCAACCAUACCAUUAGCACCACCGCUGCUGUUGACACAAACCGGCGCCCAAAACACCGCCACAACUGCCGGUGAUCUUAGACUUAGAGAUCACAGACCGCUGAAGACAAUCGCUGACCACAAUUAUGGCGGGUCAGCCACAUCUCAAGACACAGGACUUGUCCAAACUGUUGUGUUUGUAAUUGAGGCCACGGACUUGUCAUCGUUGACACCAUUAACGCCGGAAGUGAUCUCACGUCAGGCCACGAUCAACAUCGGCACCAUUGGUCACGUGGCGCACGGCAAGUCCACCAUCGUUAAGGCCAUAUCGGGUGUCCAAACGGUGCGCUUCAAGAACGAACUCGAGCGCAACAUUACCAUCAAACUCGGUUACGCCAACGCCAAGAUCUACAAGUGCGACAACGACCAGUGCCCGCGACCCGUGUGCUACCGGUCGGCCCCGUCUAACAAAGAGGACGACUUUCGCUGCGAACGCGCCGACUGUCAGGGAAAGUACCGUUUGCUGAGACACGUGUCGUUUGUCGACUGUCCCGGUCAUGACAUUCUGAUGGCCACUAUGUUGAACGGCGCCGCCGUUAUGGACGCCGCGCUCGUGUUGAUCGCCGCCAACGAGACGUGUCCGCAGCCGCAGACCAGCGAACACUUGGCCGCCGUCGAGAUCAUGCGUUUGCAGCACAUGAUUAUACUCCAGAAUAAGAUCGAUUUGGUGAAGGAGUCGCAGGCGAGGGAACAGUAUCUGCAGAUCCAGAAGUUUGUUCAGGGUACUGUGGCCGAGGGGUCGCCCAUUGUCCCGAUCAGCGCGCAGUUGAAGUAUAACAUCGAUGUCCUGUGCGAGUAUGUGGUGAAGAAUAUACCGAUUCCGACGCGCGACUUCCAGAAGCCGCCCAGACUUAUAGGUACACAGCGCUAG